AUGGGCGGAACGCAAGCCUCCUUCUGUUGCUGCUGGGAGAGGCCCAAGCUCCCAGAAGAUUGCCCGCGGAACCUGUCGCCCAACGAGGAAGCCUUGCUUGCAUCGAUACCUCGCACAACAACAGCAAACCAGGAUUGUUGGGAGGACAGGCAGGUGACUCUGGAAGUCCGAGUUAGCAACACGUUCAUCGAGCUGAAAGAAGUGUCGACCCCGCAAAGGAGGAGGAGCCGCAGCCUGCCAAAGGAGCUGAAGCCCUGCAAGGCGGCAGAGGCGGCAGAGGCGGCAGAGGCGGCAGAGGCGGCAGAGGCGGCAGAGGCGGCAGCAGGUCACCCAGAGGAUGCUCCACAAGGCCGACAUGAAGAACGUGAGGAGCCACCACCCCUGGAUCAUCCGUUCGAGCCGUUCCUGACAUAUCCGAUGGUGGUGGCGGAGCGCGCGUUCAUGCGCGAAGUACGUAGGAGGCUGACAUGGCGAAAGGUGCCAGCGAGGCCCCACUUCUGUAGGAACACGUGUCGCCAGUGCUGCCAGCUCUCGAACGACAGCUGGCGCCUGCUGGCAUGUGACCACAGACCAGCUGAAGGGUUGCCUGGACAGGUUCCCGCAUGCCGGGAUCUGGACGUGAUGCCCUCUCUGGAAGAGAGCGAUUCCGAGGAGGCGAAAGGUGCACAAUGCCAUUCUGCACAGGCCAACACCACGACAACCGCAUGUGCUGCAGACUCCGAGGUUCUAGAGGAACGAGAUAGCGUGGCACAGGUCCGACAAUUCGGACCAUCGAUGAUCAAGUCCCUGACGGAGUCCCUGACCUAUGCGCUAGCUCCCCACACCGCUGCUGGCCUGGUCGGAUCCCGGCGGGUCACAUCAGGGCCGGUGCUUGAGGCGCUCCGGGCCCUGGAGACCUGCAAGGCGGAGGCCUCGCAGGAUUCCGACCGCCGGCGCAUCCUCAACUACAUCGCGCACUCCUACUUCUCCGAAGCAGUGGACGAGUCCACCGAGCUCCGGGGCCUCACGGCCCAGGUGGAUGGGCGACUUCGGCUGGCCGCGGGUACAGAGGAGAAGGUGGCGGGAGUCUUCCGGACGAACGGGAAGCCGGAGUAUGCCUUCGAACACCAACUCGUCACAGAGGAGGCCCCGAGGAAGUUCUUCUACUUGGAUGAGAACAUCCGCCGCGCCUGUGAGAACUCUCUCCGUGCCCGCGGCCUGGUGGACUGGCACAUCGCCGACUCGUCAGAGCUCAAGUGCUGCUAUCCUUCUGCCGACGAGGUGGUGCCGCUUCCUCCCGAGGAUGCUGCGCUGACGCUGGCGCAGCUUCGCAUCGUGCGGUCUUUGCUGCAGAAGCACCUGAGUUCGGAGCGGGCGGACCUGCCCUGGGACCAAGUCACCUCGCGGGAUCUUUGGUCCGAUUGUGGGGGAGCUGGGACAGCUGUCCUGGAGGCAAUGAAGCCGCCAGGGUGCCGCCUCUCGCAGUGUUUCCAGACGGAGGUCCAAAAGCCGGACUACUUCCUGACCUGCUCCUGGGACAUGCCGCUCUCAGAGAUGUUCGACUCCAUCGAGUGGCACGCAGAAGCCCGGUCCUUAUCGGAUCGGGCGACCUAUUUCAUCGACGCCCUGUGCCGCGUGCAGUCCGACAAAGUGAAUCUCAACCGUUUGGGCAGCCUGGACAUUCUGGAGAGCGAAGCGCAGCAGGCCCUGGCGCAGAGCUCCGGCUACGUCCUCGUUUUCAGCCGGAAGACUGCAGAGCGGUGGAAAGACAGCAGGCCAAGCCUCUGGAUGCUGUUCGAAGCCUUCCGUGCCCAGGAGCUGAAUCUUGGAUGGGACUUGGCGAGCACAACUGGAACGCUGGCGACCAUGCGCCCCUUCGACAAUGGAUGCUGGGCCUUCGGCGCCUUCGACGCCGAGACGGCGGAGUCCUUGUCCACCCUUGCCAUUCAGGCCGAGAGCUGCAUCUGCUCGCAUGGCGCGGAUCGGCAGAUGAUCCUGCAUCAGUUGUCGAGUGGAAAGCACGGGAUCAGUGGGUUCGAGUCACGUUUGAACACCACCAUUCCUUCCAGCGUUCUGGGUGCGGCUUUGUUGCAUGUCGCCUAUCUCGACCUGGAGAACGACCUGCAGAUGGCGCACAAGCUUGCGCAGCGGGCGAUGGAGCUGCAGCGCGUCGGCGUCCACCUCACCGCACAGCGCUUGCUGGGCGCGUUCGGGGAAUCGGCGCUGCACGUCGCCGCGGCAGGGCGAGGCAAAGAGGAGUCGCUGAAGGGCUUGCUCGAGCUGUUCAUGAAGCUGGGGAUGGACAUCAACGGCCAGGACAGCGAAGGAGACACGCCAUUGCACUGGGCCGCGUUUGUGGGAAGCGCUGCCGCGGUGAAGGUGCUGCUGUCAAAGGGCGCCAAUGCAGCGCUCGAAAAUUACAGUGGCCUCACGCCCCUGGAGGUGGCGGAAGCGCAGCCGGCCGGCUACCUCGAAGGUCACGGCGCCGCUGACUACUUCGAGUGCAGAAGCCUACUUCAGGCCAAGCUGCCCAGGCAUCCCGCAUCCCCCAGAAGCUCGCUGGAAAGGGUGCAAAGUCUUUUCCAAGAUCAUGACCCCGACAACAAGGGGAUCGUCCUUCGCUCGCGGCUGAAGUCGAUCCUGGAGAGCAUUGGGACGGAUCCCGAGGCUGUGGAGCUCUUGCUUGCAGGCCAAGGCUCUCAGGUCAACUACCGGGCCUUCCUCACGGGCCUUUGGGCCCCUGCCGUCCUCUGA